UUUNNNNUUUUGCUUACAUAUUUCUUGUGGGUUUUGGGUUUAAUUAACACCAAAGUUUUUCAUCUAUUUGAAUUUGGAGAAAAUCUCUCUCUCUAUAUAGCUUCCAAAAAAGCUUUUGUUCUCUUUCUCCUCUUUUCUUUUGUUGUGUUAAAAAUACACCAAGAAAAGCUCAAAUCUAGUUUUUAUCUGCACCUUAUUAUUAAAUACCACUUUUUUUCCUGCUGAAAAACAUGAUGUCUGGUGAUCUUUCUUCUUCCUUUCCCAAUCCUCAAGCACCCAAAAUUCUUCCUCACCAAGUGCUGGAAACAAACCCUAACUCCAAACCUAAUCCGAACCCGAACCCGAACCUGAACCCGAACAAGAACAAGAAGAGAAGAAAUCUACCAGGUACACCAGAUCCAGAUGCAGAAGUCGUCUCACUCUCUCCCAGAACUCUGAUGGCCACAAAUCGAUUCGUGUGCGAAAUCUGCAACAAGGGUUUCCAAAGAGACCAAAACCUGCAGCUCCACAGGCGAGGCCACAACUUGCCAUGGAAGCUCAAGCAGAGGGCCAACAAAGACAUUGUAAAGAAAAAGGUUUACGUUUGCCCUGAGAAAACGUGCAUCCACCAUGACCCUUCCCGAGCACUUGGCGACCUCACGGGCAUCAAGAAACACUUUAGCAGAAAACACGGAGAGAAGAAGUGGAAGUGCGACAAGUGUUCGAAAAAGUACGCGGUUAGGUCCGAUUGGAAGGCGCACUCCAAGACUUGUGGGUCGAGGGAGUAUAAAUGCGAUUGCGGCACACUUUUUUCGAGAAAGGAUAGUUUCAUCACGCACCGAGCCUUUUGCGAUGCCUUAGCCGAUGAAAGCGCGAGAUUAGCGAUGGCCAACGGUUUGAACUUCGGAAAUCACGAUCUCGUAAUCAACAACAACAGCAGCAUCAACAACAAUAACAAUAGUAAUAGUAAUAAUAAUAAUUUGAUUGGAGGAUUUAUCGGAGGCUUCCCAUUGUGGUUAAACCACCAAACGAAUCAUCAUCUCAAUCCCAAUAUCGACCAAAGUCCCGAUCUUUUCACGGCCCACGACAUGAAUAUUCAAAUGGACGGCCCGAACAAUCAUUUAGGCCCAGCCCAAUCGAUCGGAACCUUUUCGAACCUCUCGUUGACUCCAAUGCAAGCCAUGAAAGAAGAGCCCACUUUAGCAGCUGGGCUUUAUAGCUCGGAAAACGGCAAAAACCACAACCAUCAGCCGCAAUCUCCGGUGACAAUGUCAGCCACGGCACUCCUCCAGAAGGCGGCCCAAAUGGGGUCCAUUAAGAGUGGGCCGGGCUUCGUCGGGAACAUGGUCGGGCUUGCGAGUUCGACUUCUUCCUCGGCCGGGAGUGAGUUGAACCGGGUUUUCGGGCCUUCUGUGGACGGUUUUUUCGGUGGGGCAAUUGGUCGAGCACCUGGCGUGCAGGUGGGUCUUGGCCUGACGAGGGAUUUUCUGGGCGUGGGCGGCAGAGGGGUUGCCGGAGGGCCGUUAUCGCCGCAGGAGCUAGCGAGAUCUGGGAAAUUCUUGAAGCCGCCUCUAGUGUUGGAGGUGGUCGAUCUCACGACCCUUCAUGCUCGACUGCCUAGUGUUUCGACCAGAUCUUCUGUGAAGCGGAGAUCCGGCGGGCGUUCCAAUAUCCUUGUAGUCGUGGCGUCUACCUGGUAUCGAUCAACAUUCACUCUGUUCGACCAACCCAGUUUAUCCGAUUUAUUCCUCUCCCUCCUUUUGGAAUAUGAUGUCAAUGACACGAGUAUAAUAUGA